AUGCUCAAGACAGCUUUGAGUGCUUGGCAGAGGUUGCUGAGGGAGCGGAGAGAGUCCAGGAAGCUGGUGCUGGUGGUUGUGUUUGUUGCUCUCCUUCUGGACAAUAUGCUUCUAACUGUGGUGGUGCCGAUUGUGCCCACCUUCCUAUAUGCCACAGAGUUCGAAGAGGUCAACUCUUCCCUGAACGUGGACCCCACUGUGACUUCUCAGCACACCCUCACUCCCUCUGUCUUUUCCACUGUCUUCUCCUUCUUUGACAAUAACACCAUAGUUAUUGAAGAAAGUGUAUCCACUGGCACAGUUUGGACAAAAAUUACUCCUGGCACAAUCCCCCCUCCAGCUCAUGAAGCCAUCACUGCAAAUAAAAAUAACUGUUUGCAAGGCAUAGAGUUCCUGGAGGAAGAGAACAUAAGGGUUGGAAUUCUGUUUGCUUCAAAGGCCCUUAUGCAACUUCUGGUCAACCCAUUUGUAGGCCCUCUUACCAACAGGAUUGGAUAUCACAUUCCUAUGUUUGCUGGUUUUAUUAUAAUGUUUCUCUCCACAAUUAUGUUCGCCUUUUCUAGUACUUAUACUCUACUCUUUGUGGCUCGAACCCUUCAAGGCAUUGGAUCUUCAUUUUCAUCUGUUGCAGGUCUUGGGAUGCUGGCAAGUGUCUAUACUGAUGACUAUGAGAGAGGGCGUGCCAUGGGAAUAGCCUUGGGAGGCUUGGCUUUGGGAGUGCUGGUGGGAGCUCCCUUUGGAAGUGUGAUGUAUGGGUUUGUUGGGAAGUCUGCACCCUUCCUCAUCUUGGCCUUCUUGGCAUUGUUGGAUGGAGCACUCCAACUUUGCUUUCUACAGCCUUCCAAAGUAUCUCCUGAGAGUGCCAAGGGGACCCCACUCCUCACUCUUCUAAAAGACCCUUAUAUUCUGGUGGUUGCAGGCUCCCUCUGCUUCGCCAAUAUGGGCGUGGCCAUGUUGGAACCCACCCUACCCAUCUGGAUGAUGCAGACUAUGUGCUCUCCUGAAUGGCAGCUAGGUCUAGCCUUCUUGCCUGCCAGUGUGUCCUACCUCAUUGGUACCAAUUUGUUUGGUGUGUUGGCCAACAAGAUGGGUCGGUGGCUGAGUGCUCUGAUUGGAAUGAUUGUGGUUGGCAUCAGCCUGCUGUGUGUUCCUCUGGCACAUAAUAUUUUUGGUCUCAUUGGCCCCAAUGCAGGACUUGGCUUUGCCAUAGGCAUGGUGGAUUCUGCUAUGAUGCCCAUCAUGGGACACCUGGUUGAUCUGCGUCACACCUCGGUGUACGGGAGUGUCUAUGCCAUUGCUGAUGUGGCUUUUUGCAUGGGCUUUGCUGUAGGCCCAUCCACUGGAGGUGCCAUUGUGCAUGCCAUCGGGUUCCCGUGGCUCAUGGUUAUCAUUGGGGUCAUCAACAUCAGCUAUGCUCCUCUCUGCUACUGUCUGAGGAACCCACCAGCCAAGGAGGAGAAGAUUGCAAUUCUCAGCCAAGACUGUCCCUUGGAGAACUGGGUACAUCAAAACCGGAAAGCCAUAAAGGAAUUUCCUUUGGGAGAGGAAAGUGAUGAGGAGCCAGACAGUGAGGAGUAG